AUGCAGAUACUUCGGACAUUUAACCGUUAUUAUAUGUUUUCCAUUUGCGAAUUAAAUCUUCUACAAAUUUUCCGGGACGGUUUUUCGACUACUGAGUUUGUCAGUAAUCUCGACAUCUUAGAGCAACGUCUGAAGAGGAGGAUGCAAGUUGAAAGGCGGGAUCUUAGAGACCCUCAGGAUGACCCGGCGUUUCAAGCGCAGGAUGUCGUGCCAUUGGUCUAUUUAGCAAGCGACACUAGGUUGGAGAAGAGGUGGGUCAAAUGCCCAUUCAAAUUAAUAAAUGUCGGUAGUGUAGAUAUCGCAGGAGCUACAGAGAGACUGGGGUAUUACAUCUGA